AGCCACAGAUCUCUCAGCCGUAGAUCUGUCAGUGUCUGAUCAGUCUGCUACAGUACCCCAGACUUCGACCCGCACCGCCGCAGCAAUGGCACCCCGGCCGCAGCUGGCGUGCGCCGCUCUGCUCCUGGCGGCCGCCCACGUAGACGCCGUACAUUUGAUGGUACGCGAGGUGGCAGAGCCCGAGGACGACUGCCACACCGCCGUCGCGGGCGAUGCGUGCCACAAGGAGGUAAUCUGGGCCAUGACGAAAGGCAUCACGCAGCACAGAUGGUGGUAUCCUGGACUGCACAAGAACUCGUCCACGUUUGAGGACUUCCAGGAAUUUCUGCACAAGCUGGAUGCGUUCUCCGCCGUGUGCGCCAAGCCUUGCAGGAUUGUGCAGCAGACGAAAGGGUGCCACACGGCAGUCAAGGACGAGGUCUGCCACAACGAGGUGACUUGGGCCAUGAAGACGGGCAUCCACGAGAACCCCUCGUGGUACCCUGGGCUGACCCCAAGCUCCAGCUUCGAGGAGUUCCAGACGUUCCUGCACAGCCUGGAGACCUUCAAGAGCACCUGCAUGAUGCCGUGCACCGCCGAGGAGCCCCAGGGGCGGGAGCGGGCCGAGGACACGGCUCGGGCGCAGAAGGUGGAGGAGCUCCAAGUCAUCAGCGGGUACCCGUCGCGGCCCGGGUGCUACUUCCGCCAGCCCUCCAAGUGCCCCGCGAGGCCGAUGAAGACAUCAAUGUGGAGGCACGACACCUGGGCCGAGGAGCGCGGGGUCGACGAGGCGGCUUGCAGGGACCGGAAGGGCUACUGGGAUAGAUACUGUGAGGCCGAGGACACCAAGGUGGUGCACAUCAGCAGCGAGGAUUUUGUCGAGGAGGCUGCGGAGGCGCCGCCGGCCCUCGCUGCGGAGGCAGCGGCCCGGACGGCGGCUGCCGCAGCACCAGGGGCGGCGGGCACCGCCGGUGCCGCUGCGCCGCCGGGUGCCGAGGCG